GCAGCUGCCGACGAACGCUACCUCACAUCCCUUUGCAACUCAACAUCAACUCUUCGAUACCUGUGAUAAGGGAGCGGUACGGGAAGCGCAAAGCGAGGAUAUGGCCUGCUUUGGUGCAGAGGCACAUCUGCGUGUCGAUAGUCGGCGUCGAGUUCUGCCCGAAGACGCAAUUACAGCAGUAGUGGAAUUUGUGGUUCUGAAGUUGCGCGAUGGUCGAAGUUUGCGGGAGAUAGAGCAAAAUUGCACACUUUUUGAGUACAAGGAGGCCGAACUACUCAAUCUGCAUACUCAGUUUCCAAAACUUAUCGGUCAGGUAGCAUGCCAGGUAGGGCGUCCCAUAAGCCCCAUCGGUCGAGCAAUUCACCUCCCAAUGGAUUCAUAUCAUUGCGUAGUCCGCUAUUUUGCCAUUUACAACCCUCCGCAUCCGGAAGCUUCCGAACAAGACUCCUGCAAUACUCGCCAACCAGAGGUCGGCACCUCGGGCAGAGACGUCGACAGCGACGGUCGAAAGAACUGACGUCUUUACGGUGGUUAGGAAUCACACUCGAUAUGCAAGUGCAUUCUCUCCGUAUAAAACCUAGCACAGCACGAAGCUAAUGGGAAUGGGAUCAAACAAAGUCGAUGUCUUUGAAAUCUUUCGAAUAUGAGGAAUAUGAGGAAAACGAAACCUGGGUAGAUGAAACCGAAGGAUUCAAGCUAUGUAGCGAUACCGAUUCGGACUACAUAUCCGCCGGACCUUGAGAAUAAUACAAAGUGGAUGGUUAAUUAGGGCCACUCCGAACUUGGACCCCACCCUUUCCCCAACCAAACUUGAAACACCGACCAGACACGUCCAACAAAUGUACUUACAAACAAAUCCACGGUCCAAGACGCCGCUGUUAGCGAGUGUAGCAAAGUCUAGACAUCUUCAAUGGCAAGUCGUCGCCUUUGAUUUCUGUCGCCAGUGUCUCUCGCUUGGCUCGCUCUUCCUCCUGCCUAAGCAUCACGUUGUCGGCAGCGUCUGUACACUCCUUAUUAGUAUACCCAUUCUAAAAUAUUAUCGUGCCUGGCGUUAUCGUGAAUGAACGCAACUUCCUCUGAACUCCGAUCUUCUCGUUCGCUAUCCGAGAUAGUUCCUUGUAUUCCUCCUUACUACAUUCCUUCUCCACUUCUUCUGCAUCGUCCGUGCAUGUAUCUUCUAAUUCGGAUGAAGAGGCGGCAGAUGCGCUAGGAGUUUUCGAACAGUGAAUGCAUAGACAAAAUGUCUUCCGCCCCACGUCGUAUUCGCAUUUGAGUCUGGUAUUAGGCAUAGGUAGGAAACGACUAUGUCGCACUUGCGUAAAACCUUCAGCGGCGCGACAAGUUCCUCCUGGAGUUGAAGUGUGAUGAUAGUUGGGAAUGUUGAUGCGGUGCAACAUGAUAACUAUGAGGGAAUGGGCAAAAG